AUGAUUACUUGUGAACUAGAGCUUCCUAAUUGCACCCCUAUCAUCUACUCUGCCAUCUAUGCGUCAAAUCUUAGCGAAGAGAGAACUGACCUUUGGGUUGAGCUAUUGAAUGUGCACUCAGCUCAUGCCCUAGACGCAAGGCCAUGGAUGAUAGGAGGCGACUUUAAUCAAAUUCUCCACUGCCAUGAGCAUUCUUCCUUCUCUCACAAUAGACAUGCUCCUCAAAUUUUCCAAUUCCGUGACAGUCUGCUCCAGAUGGGGGUUUUUGAUCUUCGAUUCUAUGGACCUGUUCACACAUGGACAAACAAUCGUAAUGCUACUCCUAUUGCAAAGAAACUUGAUAGAUGCCUAAUCAACAGUGACUAUCUUACCAGUUUCCCUAAUGCCACUGCCACCUUUCUUCCACUGUCCCCCUCUAAUCACACCCUCUGCCUUAUUAACCUUGCUUUCCAACUCCCUAAAGCUGGAACCCAACCCUUUCGGUUCUUAAACUACUUAACCAAACACCCGAGCUUCUUGGAGGUUGUUACUGAUGCGUGGUUGCUCGCCGGAAGUGUGUCUGCCAACCUUGCAACUCUGUGUUGGAAGCUGAAAAGCAUAAAAAGGAGUCUCAAAACUCUUAAUAAAGAAAAUUUCUUAAAUAUCCAACAAAGAGUUAAUGAAUAUUACCGUUUGUUACAACAUGCGCAGGUACAUGCCUUAACAGACCCAACUCCACAAACUUUUGCUGAAGAACACGAACUGAACCUGAAAUGGCAAUUCUUGAGACAGAUUGAGGAAUGCUUCUUUCAACAAAAGUCUAGGAUAACUUGGCUCAGAGAAGGAGAUCUCAACACUACAUAUUUCCACCGUGUUUGCCAGAUGAGAGCAAGCUUUAAUGCCAUUCGCUCGUUCCUCCUACUGUCAGGUGUUACCAUUACCGAUCCAUUGGAGAUGAGCGCUCACGCCAUCUCACAUUUUAAGGCUGUCCUCGGCCCAGACCUCCUCUCCGUGAUAUGGUACUCCUCGUCUAACUGGUUUCAAAGUCUUACACCCUUCACCUGCAGCCAACAGAAGACGAACUCCAUACUCCUGAUGCCUACAAAUGCAGAAAUCACUAAGCUCAUAUUUUCUCUCAACCCAAAUAAAGCGCCAGGGCCUGAUGGACUAACCUAUGGUUUCUUAAAAGCUUCUUGGACACUGCUAGGCACAUAA